UCCACAGCCACGUCGAUUUUCGGAAUGGGGAAUCGGUCUGUCCUCUUCUGGGUCGCCACGAUUGGGGCCUCUACGGAUUUCCGGUCAGAACAAAUUUGAUGAUGAUACUAAAAAGAUGUUUAGUUCAUUUACAUAAUUCUUAAAAUUGUUAAUUACGCGUAAUUCGGGUUCUGGAAUCAUAUGGGUAGCGUUAAAAUCGCAAGGAACCAUUUUCUGCUCCCCGUAAUUUUUCUUGCAUUUAACCAAAUGAAAGGCCAUUUUGCAUCUUCUGAUGUGGUGUGACUUGUUGUAUGGGCAUAAGAUUUUUUCUUCGGGACUGAAAAUUAGUUAUUGAGAAACAAAAAAUGUGAUGGGAAAAAACUGAAUGCACUUUCACUUACUCAUAUAAAUCCUCCAUUUUCUAGAGUUUAAGGGUGGUUUACAGGGAUAAAAGUGAACUAAAAACUGAAAUAGCGUUGCAAUUCAGCUCUUUCUGAUAAUCACUAUAGAAUAAGAAGAAUCACCAUUCAUCAACCGACGAUAGCGUUUGGGGUUUCUUUCCACUUGUCAGUCUUGACACCAACAUUAAAGAAAAAAGAAACUAAACAACUAGUGAAUACCCUAAAAUAGGAGGCAAAAAUUUGAAUUUACUGUUACAAGAAAAAUUAACGCAAAAUGUAUACAUUUGUAUGACAACGGCGAUUAAAUAACAAUUUUUUCGCGAAUGUGUCUUUUUUCUGACCCAAUUUAUAUUCUUUUCGUGAAUUACUAUAAACAUAUCUUUUACUAUCAAUUUCCUUUAGUUCCCCCUUUCACCCUCCGUUUUAUCAUAAUUCUAACAAAAGAAAAGCAAACACAAAAGAUAUAAGUUAUCGAUCAAACUUUACCUUCGCACCUGGGCAUAAAAUUCAAAUUUUAAUACAAUGAAGACUCCAAAUUUCUGCACUUACCUUUUUCUCACUUUUCUCACUGAUUUUAUUGUCGGUCAAAAAAGUCCUAUUCUUUCACGAGCUUGCGUCAAUAAGUACGACUGUGGGGCAGCUUUUGGCUAUAUUUGUGGACAAAACCAAACGUGUCGAUGUGACCGUAAUUAUAUUCUUAAUAGUUAUGGUGAUAAAUGUGUUGGAGGAGUUGGGCAAAGGUGUCGAUAUGAUGAACAUUGCAUCGAGGGGGCUUUCUGUGAGUUUCAAAUGAAAUGCGAGUGUAAAGACGAGCUGUACCCAUCGGAAAAUGGCCUCGCAUGUUCUAGAUCUAAGCAAGUAGUAAAUGAUGCACCCCGUAUUUACGUAAUUGCAAUUCUUUUAUUUUAUGUGUUAAAACUUUCCUAAAUUAUUUAUACAAAAAUUUGUUCACGUUAUAAAAAGUCUAAAAAAUAAAUAAGAUAAAAAAUUAAUUUUAUUGUGAAAAAUAAA